AUGGUCCACGAAUCUGCUGCUGCGUCCUCCACCCGGACCCUAAGAGAAGGAAAAACGUCCCGGAGGGAGAGAGAGACCCCGGCCUCCCCCAGAGGUCGCCGGGGUCGGGGUCGACCUGCUCAGACGGACCGGUUUGAAACUAAAGAAAAGAAGGAGAGACUGGCAGGAAAGAGACCCGGGCCAGCGGAGGAGAAGGACGGGAUGGUGAAAUGCAGUGUGGUGGACGUGGACAGCGUGAUGGAGCAUGAAGGCCUGGACCUGCUGGAGACGGAGCAGCAGGAUGACGGUGUGAAGCAGAGGAAUCUGGGAGUGUGUGAGUGGAUUCUGGUGGUUCUGGUUCUGGCUCUGGUUCUGCUCUUCCUCCCCAUCUCCAUCUGGUUCUGCAUCAAAGUGGUGAGGGAGCAUGAGCGGGCAGUGAUCUUCAGACUGGGUCACCUGCUGAGGGGCAGAGCCAGAGGACCAGGCCUCCUCUUCCACCUCCCCUUCCUGGAUGUGUGUCACACUGUGGACAUCCGGCUGAAGAUGCUUCAGGUUCCGCCUCACUCGGUUGUGAGCAGGGACGUGGUGCGGGUGGAGCUCGGCGCGGUCUGUUAUUACCGGAUAGAGAACCCACUUCUGUGCAGCUCGUCUCUGGCCGGCGUCACGGCGGUGGUUCGGGCGGUGGUCCAGGGGGCCGUCCGAGACAUCCUGGCCCAACAGGACUUCAGCCACAUCCUGCUGGACAGGAGGCGGAUCGCCCAGGAGGUCCAGCUGGCUGCGGACUCGGUGGUGUGUCGGUGGGGCAUCAGGGUGGAGAAGGCGGAGCUGGAGGAGCUCACUGUGCCUGCGGAGCUGCAGCGCCGCCUGACCGCCGAGGCCGAGGGCCGAGCUCUGCUCAAGGUUGACUUGCUCUCCGCCUCUCUCGCCGCCGCCCAGCCAGGCCUCCUCCGCCUCCUCCACCAACUCCCCGCCAUGCUCCUCCCCCUCCCAGCAAACCUCCUCUCCAUGACCUCUGACCUCUCUGUCCCCUGUGUUAAGGCAGAGAGGGCCAGAGCACAAGAAUUUCAGUCUUCUCUACAUGGAUAUGGCGAGGUUAACUAA